CGGGACCCACCCACAUGGCGAUGCGGGGAGUAGGAGGCCCUUUGUUGUGCAUAGGCGAUCUGCUCAGCGAUGUCGGAGAAGAUGGCUCCGGCUGCGACAACCUCUCUCGUUGCGGUGACAUCAAGACUCCGUCUUUUUCAGAGUCCUGUCCCAGCUUCAGACCUUCCGAUCUCCCCAAGCUCUUUCAGGAAAACUAUGAGAAGCUGAAUGAAGCACUUGCUGGUACUGACCAUUCAUGGACUGCUCUCACACUUGAACUGUGCUCCGCCAUGCAGACUGCCAAUAAAUUGGUUGACUCUGCCAACUGCAAUGCUGGGAAGCUGUCAGAGAAUGUCCAGACGCUUCAGGAAAUAAUUAAUAGGAGAGAUUCAAAUAUAGCUGCAGCAAAAGCCAUUCAAAAGUUGCCUGAAUGGAAAAGGAGCCCUGAUAGUGAGAAUCAUCUUCAAAUUUGAACGGUAAAGAUAUGCUUUGCUGAGGGGAUGUAUAGUCUUGAGAUGUUCUUGUGCAUUAUGGCUGUUAAACUUUUCCCAUUUGAUUUUACUCCUUUUCCAGGAAAAUUGUAUUGAUCUUAAUAUGUAAGUGUAUGAAUGGUUAACUCAUAACUGUAGCGUUCAAGAUUUCAUAAAUAAAAACUUCACGUUUAAAGUUUGAUGAUGUUUUUUG